CAGUCUCCAGAUCAGACCUCAGACUGUUACAGACUGUUACAGAGUCCAGAUCAGAGUCCAGAUCAGAGAUCUCCAUCAGACAACAAUGAAGUCUUUCAUCUUUCUGUGUCUGGUUCCGGUCCUGUCGACCCUCCCGGUGCUCUCGGUCCGGGUCUCAUCGGGUUCAAGCUGCGGACAGUGUGACCCGGCUCAGUGCGCUCCUCUCCCGGCGGAGGGCUGUGCCGCCGGUUCUCUGCUGGACUCCUGCGGCUGCUGCUCGGUCUGCGCCGCAGCGGAGGGAGAGCUGUGCGGCGGCCGCCGCGCGGCAGCGCGCCGCUGCGGCUCCGGACUGGAGUGCGUCAAAAGCGAUGAGGACAAGAAGAACAAGCUGGGAGUCUGCGUUUGUAAAACCAACUACGAGGUCUGCGGGACCGACGGGGUGACGUACAAGAGCGGCUGCGCCCUGAAGAGCGCCAGCCUGAAAGGCCAGAGCGAAGGGAAAGAACCCAUCAACGUCCAGAACAAGGGCCGCUGCGCCACAGCUCCGGUCAUCGUCACUCCUCCAGGUGAAGUCUACAAUGUGAGCGGCUCUCAGGUGUACCUGAGCUGUGAGGCGGUGGGCGUACCCACACCUGUUCUCACGUGGAAGAAGGUCCUCAGUGGGAAGAAGAAGAUGGAGCUUCUUCCUGGAGACAGAGACAAUCUGGCAAUUCAGACCAGAGGAGGACCAGAGAAACAUGAAGUGACCGGCUGGGUGCUGAUCUCUCCUCUGACCAAAGAAGAAGAAGGAUCGUAUGAGUGUCACGCCACAAACUCUAAAGGUGAAGCUUCAGCUGUGGGAGCCAUUCACCUGGUCCAGUCCAUCGAUGACAUCAUCGUCAAGACAGUGACGAAGGAAGAUGAACUGUGAUCAGCUGGUCAGAGAUCAAUGAAGACGAUCUUCACAGGAAAAAAUUUUUAAACUUUAAAACUUUUUAAACUUUUUAAAUUUUCUUAUUUUCUUUCUUUGAAACUUUAUUUUGAAUUUUAGUUGCAACUUUGUUGUUUACUCGUUCUGAGUUUAGAGGUGAGAUUCAGGGUUGAGGGUUUUCUUCUUGCUUUCAACUGACGAAACAUCUGGAUUCAAACUUUUUGUUAAAAUAAACUUUUCUUCUUUUAAUAUUUUACACUUUUAUAUUUCAUUGUUUUUUCCCUCUGAGCAGCAACUUAAGUCAAUCAGGCUUUUAUUUUGGAAAGACUUUAAUCUGAUUUUAAGAUUAAUUCAUUGAUGCAGGUCACCAUAGCAACAGUGCUGAUGCUUCACUCUGAUGUGUGAAUGUUUUCACGUUGACGGAGAAGAAACGUUUUGUUUUUAUUAUUUCUGAUAAAUUUGAUAAAUUUAUUGAUCUGAACAGUUUAUUUCUGAAACUUUAUUGAUCAAUUCUGAAUUGAUGUGAACAUUAAACUCUUUCCUCUGAACUUCAGUUUGUUUCUUGGUGGAAAAUGAAAAAUAUUUUCAU